GCCGGGCGCGGGGCGGGCGCAGCAGGAUGCAGGCCAUGGACGCGCCGGGCGCCGCUGUGCUCGCGGAGGAGGGCGCGGGGCUGGCGGGCUACGACUUCGAGCCGCUCCCCACUCUGCCCGAGGACGAGGAGAACGUGUCCCUGGCCGACAUCCUGUCGCUGCGGGACAGCGGCCUCAGCGAGCAGGAGGCCUGGGCCGUGUGCCUGGAGUGCAGCCUGUCCAUGAGGAGCGUCGCCCACGCGGCCAUCUUCCAGACGCUGUGCAUCACGCCCGACACGCUGGCCUUCAACACCAGCGGGAACGUGUGCUUCAUGGAGCAGCUGAGCGACGACCCCGAGGGCGCGUUUGUUCCCCCGGAGUUCGACGUGACCGGGAACACCUUCCAGGCUCACAUCUACUCCCUGGGGGCCACGCUGAAGGCCGCCCUCGAGUAUGUGACGGAGCCCGAGCCCGAGCCCCGGCUGAGCCGAGACCUGGAGGAGCUGCUGAGCCAGAUGCAGGCGGAGGACCCCAGGGACCGGCCCGACCUCGAGAGCAUCAUCGCGCUGUGUGAAGAGAAGAUGCUCUUCACGUCUUCCUGCCGCCUCUGCCGGAGCCUGUCGGCCAUCGGGAGGAGGGUGCUCUCCAUCGAGUCCUUCGGAGCAUUUCAAGAUGUCAACGAGAGCGCCUGGCGCGGGAGACCUGCUGCGGGGAGCCUGGGGCCCAGGAAGCCGCCCGGGGGCCGUGCCGCCGACCCCGAGGGCCUGCCCCCGCGCCCUGCCCGCGAAGCCCACGGCCCCCCGGAGCCGCCCGCCAAGCCCCUCCUGUCAGCCCCGGUGAGGAACGGAGAGCGGCUGGCCAGCCUCAUCCUGGACCCCCAGCGCCCUCUGGGGGACCUGGACAGGAGCCGCCUGAGGAAGGUGCAGACGUUCCCCAGGCUCCUGCCCGACGGCCCUGAGCCCAGCGCCCUCGGCCUGACCCUGGCCCCCUCCAGGCUCCAGCUGCCCGCCUCCGAGGUCUUCCCUCCAGACCCCAGGAGGGUCUUCCUCGACGGGAAGAGCGGCCUUUCCAGCUACACGACGCAGCCCCAGGCCAGGCUGUGGCCGGAGCGGGGCCCCGAGCCUCGGCAGGGAGGAGCCGCAGACGCCAGCGCGGGGCACAGGGCAGCGGGGGCGCCGGGCCGCAGCCCUGCGGAGGAAAGCCCGCCGCCCCGAUCCCGAGAGCCCGGAGACGCAGGCCGAGGGCCUUCCAGGGCCGGGGGGCCUCCGGACGGAGCGGGGGAGCCGGCGAGCGUCGCCGCGGAGCAGGGCGUCUCCCUGCAGGACCUCCUGUGCCAGCUGGGCCGGCCCUUCAAGGAGUAUGAGCUCUGGGCGCUGUCCCACGCGUGUCUCACUGCCCUGCGCACACACAGCGAGCACCCAGCCUACCUGUGCCUGGACUCCGUGCUGGUGGCCGAGGACGGGGCCGUGCUCUUCAGCCCACCCCCUGCCAACGGCACUUAUGACACAUUUUUUCUGGCUCCUGAGGUUGCAGAGAAGGAACUGGUGACUGAGAAGGCUUCCGUGUACUGCGUGGCCGCGGUGCUGUGGACGGCCGCCAAGUUCAGCGUCCCCCGAGACCACAAGCUGGCCCUGCCCCGCAGGCUCAAGACCCUCCUCUUGGACAUGGCCAGACGCAGUGCCCAGGAGCGGCCGUGCCCAGCUGAGGCCAUCAAGGUAUGCAGCACCUACCUCCUGCAGCGAGGCAUGGACAGCAGAAAGAUCCUGGCCCACCUGCGGGCGUUGACCUGUAAGGUUCCCCAGGAGGAAGAGACCAUCGGCCUCCAGAACGCCGUCUCCCUGGUUGAGCUGCAGCCCAGCGCGGAGCCCACCCCAGGGCCCGGCUCAGGCUCUGUUGGGGUCAGCGGCCCCACCAGCCUGGAGGCCACGCAGGGGCCCGUGCCUGCUGCACCCCCCUGCCGCGAAGGGGCCACGCUGCUGCCGGCCGCCCUCACCUCCGCAGCCUCACGCUUCAGGCCCAUCGUGCUGGCAUCCGACGCAGGUGGCGCCAGGGACGGGGCGGGCGACAGGAGGCAGGCCCCUGAGGCCCACGGAGCCGCCCCCAGCUGGACGACGCCUGAGCAGCCAGCACCGGGGCCUGGACCCCAGGGAGCAGCCCCAGAACCUCUCAGGGAGCCCGCGACGGACACGGCCCAGGGGAGCCCCUGCCCCGCACCCCCUGCCCUGGAGGGGGCCUCCCCGGCCAGGCCCGAGUCUGCCACGGCUGUCCCACCCCUGAAGCCACAGGCGCCUCCCACCGCAGAGCAGGGGCCGGACCGAGUCGCACCCGGAGCCCCAGGGUCCAAUGCAGCCGGCCUCGACGCCCCCUGCCCGGCCCAGCCACCCAGGAGCAAGGCCACCGAGGGCCCAGGCCAGGAGCCUGCGGGUCCCCCGCCAGCCCCCCGGGACCCCUCCACGGCCGAGGCCAGUCCAGACAGCCCCACACGCACCCGUGUCCCAGAGCAGGAUGCGCAGGCCCCGGACGGUGGCCCCGAGCGGCCCCCGCCAGCAGACCGCAAGCCCGGCCCGCCUAGCCUGGACGCCUCGCCCCUCCCGAGGACAGCCUGCCCGUCGCUGCAGGAGGCCAUGCGCCUCAUCCAGGAGGAGUUUGCCUUCGACGGCUACCUGGACAACGGGCUGGAGGCUCUGAUCAUGGGGGAAUACAUUUACGCCUUGAAAGACCUCACGUACGCCACGUUCUGCGGGGCCAUCUCCGAGAAGUUCUGCGACCUCUACUGGGGGGAGAAGCUGCUGCAGAGCCUCUUCAGGGUGGUGAACGGGAGGACGUCCCCCUCCCACAAAGCUCCCGAGGAGGAGGCCGGGUCACAGGCUGAGGCCGGCGAGGCCAGCGGGCCACUUGGCUGCUCGCUGUCCAGCAAAAGGCCGUCGCUGCGUGGAGCGGGGAAGGACAAACUGACCGCGGGGCGCCUGAGCCGAGCCCCCUGCCCGCCCCCAUCGCUGUCCGACGUGGACGCCGACGAGCUCUCACGGGGUAACUUCGAGGUGGGAUUCCGGCCUCAGAAGUCGGUCAAAGCCGAGCGGGAGCGGCAGCAGGAGGCGGGAGAGCAUGGGCAGCCGGGCGGGGGACCGGGCCCCGAGGCGGUGACCUGGCUGGCCAGGCCCAAGGACGCCGGGCUGGCCGAGCUCCAGAGCUGCAGCCCCGGCUGGUGCAGCGCCUUCUACGAGGCCGACUGCUUCGGCGCCGACGUCUACAGCUACGUGAGGGAGCUGGCGAGGCAGAAGGCUGGCGGGGCCGGCGACGCGGACGCCCAGGGCCCGACGUCUCUCCUGGAACCGGAAUGCAGACAGGAGCUGGAGCAGCAGCUCCUGAUAGAGAAGAGGAAUUACCGGAAGACUCUGAAGUUCUACCAGAAGCUCCUUCAGAAGGAGAAGCGCAGUAAAGGUUCCGAGGUGAAGACCAUGUUGUCCAAACUGAGAGGCCAGCUGGAAGAAAUGAAGUGCAAAGUGCAGUUCCUGGGACUGGUCAAGAAGUAUCUGCAGGUCAUGUAUGCCGAGCGGUGGGGCCUGGAGCCCUGUGCGCUGCCAGUGAUCGUGAACAUCUCCGCGGCCCACUGCGACACGCUGGACUUCAGCCCUCUGGACGAGUCCUCGUCCCUCAUCUUCUACAACGUCAGCAAGCACCCCCGCGGUGGCAAGCAGAGGAAGGCCCGUGUCCUGCAGGCCGGCACGCCGCUGGGGCUCAUGGCAUACCUCUACUCCAGCGACGCCUUCCUGGAGGGCUACGUGCAGCAGUUCCUCUACACCUUCCGGUACUUCUGCACCCCCCACGACUUCCUGCACUUCCUGCUGGACCGCAUCAACAGCACCCUGUCCAGGGCCCACCAGGACCCCAGCUCAACCUUCACCAAGAUCUACAAGCGAAGCUUCUGCCUGCUGCAGGCCUGGCUGGAGGACUGCUACGCCGUGGACUUCACCCGCAACAGCGGGCUCCUGGGCAGCCUCGAGGACUUCAUCUCCUCCAAGAUCCUGCCCCUGGACGGCUCCGCGGAGCACCUGCUGGGCCUCCUGGAGGUGGGCGCGGAGCGGCGGGCCGAGGGCCCCUCACGGGGCGCGGACCUGGAGCACCCCAAGGAAGCCGAGGAGGACGCCAGGCCUCUCAACGCGCUCUGUAAGAGGCUCUCGGAAGACGGCGUCUCCCGGAAGAGCUUCCCCUGGAGGCUGAGCCGGGGCAACGGGCUGGCGCUGCCGCACAAGGAGCGUCAGUACAGCAUCGCGGCGGCGCUGCCCAAGCCCUGCUUCCUCGAGGACCUGUACGGGCCGUACGCCAGGGCCGGCGAGAAGGGGCCCUGCCUCCUGACCGAGUACAGCACCCAGCAGCUCUGCAGCCAGCUGACGCUCCUGCAGCAGGAGCUGUUCCAAAAGUGCCAUCCCGUCCACUUCCUGAACUCCCGGGCCCUGGGCGUCAUGGACAAGAGUGUGGCCAUCCCCAAGGCCAGCUCCUGCGAGUCCCUGUCAGCCAAAACCUGCAGCCUGUUUCUGCCCAAUUACGUGCAGGACAAGUACCUCCUACAGCUCUUGCGGAGCGCGGACGACGUCAGCACCUGGGUGGCCGCCGAGAUCGUGACCAGCCACACCUCCAAGCUGCAGGUGACUCUGCUCUCCAAGUUCCUGCUGAUCGCCAAGUCCUGCUACGAGCAAAGGAACUUCGCGACGGCCAUGCAGAUCCUGGGGGGCCUGGAGCACCUCGCCGUGAGGCAGUCCCCCGCCUGGAGGGUUCUACCCGCGAAGAUAGCGGAGGUCAUGGAGGAGCUGAAAGCCGUGGAGGUCUUCCUGAAGAGCGACAGCCUGUGUCUGAUGGAAGGCCGCCGCUUCCGCGCCCAGCCCACGCUGCCCUCGGCCCGCCUCCUGGCCAUGCACAUCCAGCAGCUGGAGACCGGGGGCUUCACCAUGACCAACGGCGCCCACAGGUGGAGCAAGCUCAGGAACAUCGCCAAGGUGGUGAGCCAGGUGCACGCGUUCCAGGAGAACCCCUACACGUUCGCCCCCGACCCCAAGCUGCAGUCCUACCUCAAGCAAAGGAUCGCCCGCUUCAGCGGGGCCGACGUCUCCGUGUUAGCGGCCGACAGCAGGGCCUCCCUCCACCACGUGAGCAGCGAGAAGCACUCGCGGAAGAUCCAGGACAAGCUGCGCAGAAUGAAGGCCACGUUUCAGUAGCGGGGGGAGGGGGGCCCCCCGGGGCGAGAACUGCAGCGCGGGGGGCGGGGGCUGGGAGAGGAGCCCCGCGGCCCGGCCAGGCGAGCGGCCUUCGCCCGGGGCUCAGGCUGGGCCCCGGGGGGUGGAGGCCCAGGGCCCGGAGGGGACGGGCUCCCGCGGAGGCGGGCUCUUCCUGCUCGGGUAAAACUAUAUUUACAAAUUAAAACAAUAAUAGAGUAAGUGAACUCCCCAGGAGCCGUAUUCGCACCCACACUUCUAGAGAUGAACCGCUCCCACCCAGCUCCGGGGAUCCCCCAGACCCCACCCACCCCCCCGACUCAGAGCACUGUUUCCAGGAGUCUGGCUUCCGUCUGCCCAGCAACCAAGGACCAAAACGACCUCCGACCCCCAUGCCAACCCAGGUUCCAGGGCUUUCCGAGCCGUCCACUGGCCCGAGGCUUCCCAGUGGCCCAAGCCCCUAACCGGGUCCAGACUCCCCUGCCCAGGCCUCCCGCUCCCUUCCACCCAGACCCACCCCCUGCUUCCACCCAAGUCUCCCCUGGCCCCCUCCCUCACCCCCGCCCUCCAGAC